AUGGGGACAGAUUGUGUGCAUCUGGAGUCUGGGAAUGUCCCAAGAAUUGAUAUUGGCAGAUGCAAUGCAACCUUCCAAAGCAAAGCACCUAAGCUAGAGGGUAAACUUGGGCCAAAUGCCCAAAUCCAAACACACCCGCGUCUCCUCGUCGCCUGGCCGCCGGCCUAUUUCUUGCUCCCCUUCGCUGCUCGUCUGCUCCAGCGCCCAUACUUCAUCUCUCCUUGUUCUAGGAGAGCCCCUCCAACCGCAAAUUCUGGCUACGUCCCUCCCUCAACCGCCGCCGUCGCCGUCGCCGCCUCCCUCAACCGCCGCAGUCGCUGCCUCCGUCAGCCGCCGCCGACGGGCUUCCCCUCCGCCGCCGGGCGCCGGAUCCACUUCGCCUUCCGGGAGCCAUCGCCGCCCCGUCCAGAUCCGGCUAUGUGGUCAGAGGAGUGGGAGUUGUAUCCAUCGUCUUACAUUGGCGCUCAAGUGAUAGAUUACGGACCAGUUACUGAAGACACCAAUGAUGAUCGUAGUGGAGACCUGGCGGUUUCGAUGGAUGCCGUUCUCCCUGAUGAUCUCUUAGAGAAGGUUAUUUCCUUCUUGCCUGUUGCGAGUGUCAUAAGGUCUGGCUCUGUUUGCAAGAGGUGGCAUCAGAUUGUGCACGCCCGGAGGCAGACAUGGAGUAAAAUGAUUCCUCAGAAGCCAUGGUACUUCAUGUUUACUUGCAGCGAGGAGGCCGUGUCAGGGUUCGCCUAUGACCCAAGCCUCCGGAAGUGGUAUGGAUUCGACUUCCCUUGCAUUGAGAAGAGCACCUGGUCAACUUCCUCAUCGGCUGGGUUGGUGUGCCUGAUGGACAGUGAGAACAGGAGCCGCAUCAUUGUGUGCAACCCCAUCACUAAGGACUGGAAGAGGCUUAUUGAUGCUCCUGGCAGCAAGUCAGCUGAUUACAAUGCUCUCGCCUUUUCCGUGAGCAGGAGCUCUCAUCAGUACAUUGUGGCUAUUGCAAGGAGCAACCAAGUGCCGUCAGAGUAUUAUCAAUGGGAGUUUAGCAUCCAUUUGUAUGAAUCAGAGACUGGUAAUUGGGUGUCUCCCUUCGCUGAAGUGUUACUCGGAUGGCGAGGAGGUGAUGAGUGUGUCAUCUGUGAUGGAGUCCUCUACUAUCUGGUGUACUCUACAGGAGUUUUGGUGAAUAGUGGUGAGCAUCGCCAUUGUGUUUUCAUGUAUGAUCUCUCUACCAGGCCUGUUCACACUUCUUUGAUGAGCAUGGCUAUACCAGUACCAUGCCCUCUUACAUGUGGCCGGUUGAUGAAUCUAAGUGAGAGGCUUGUUUUGGUUGGGGGUAUUGGGAAGCAAGAUAGGCCUGGUAUCAUCAAGGGAAUCGGCAUAUGGGAGCUCCAGAACAAGGAGUGGCAUGAGAUUGCUCGUAUGCCCCACAAGUUUUUCCAAGGAUUUGGUGAGUUCGACGAUGUUUUUGCGAGCUGCGGAGCGGACGGUCUUAUCUAUAUUCAGAGCUAUGGGUCACCCUCCCUUCUCACCUUUGAAAUAAACCAGAAGCUGUGGAGGUGGUCAGCGAAGAGUCCUGUGAUGAAGAGGUUUCCGUUGCAGCUGUUUACUGGUUUCUCGUUCGAGCCAAGGCUGGACAUCACUUCCUAGUUCGUAUUUUGUUUCACCUUGCCGGAGUUCUCACAUCAUAUUUUGCCCUGUUUUGGAGUUUGUGAGUCAGGAGAUCAUGUCAAUGAAGGCAUUUGAGCACAGAAUUUUUUUCAAUUCUUAUAGAUGUAUUCUAUUUAUUGCUGGAGAUAUCUUCUAAUGGAAAUGGUGGCUUAAAUUGCAAAUCUCUUCUCUCAUUUUUUUGCUAGUUUGAUUAUAGGAAUGGUACCAACUUGACACAAGAACAAUUGUUUCUGAAUUGCAAGAAGAUUGUCUCUUUCAUGUCUCUUUUUCUUCACGAUAGUGCAAAUGGAGUACUUUAUUUCCCUGCAAAUGGAGUACACAAUUGAUUAUAUAUAUAUAUAUAUAUUCAUUU